CCUGCUCGUUAUCCAAAAUUGCGACACAACGGACGACAAGAACUACAGUUUUUUUUGAAAAUUUGUUUGGCUCUGGCAAUUGUAUGUCCAAACAAUUUUCAUAUUCAAUGUUACUAACUGUUUCUUCAUUCCUUUCAUUCUGAUUUAGUGGCCAAAACCCAUACAAAAUUAAGCUUCAAAAAUGCUAACCCACUGUCACAGACUUCAUUGUAUGAAUGCUUCUAUAGCUGCUCCACCCAUAAUCAGGAAAAACAAGUAUAAUAAACAUCGGCACACAUUGUUGACAUCCACCAAUUAUUAUCAGCUCAAUGACAUUUUAAGACUCCAUGUCAAAUUAAACCACUCUGUACAUUUAUCUUCAGUUUACAGGAGAGGAGACAUACGGGCAGCUGGGCUAGCACAGAGUAACUCACCAGAGAAGGGGCAGGAGGAAGUGGCUCUCCUGUGGUUCAAGCAAGAUUUGAGGAUAGAUGACCAUCCUGGUCUUGUUAGAGCAUCCCAAUUCAAGACAUUAAUUCCUGUUUAUGUUUUUGACCACGACAUUUGCUCUCGUUUGUCUAGCCAAAUGCUGGAAAUGCUCAUUGAUGCUGUCCAGAAUUUGAAACAACUACUCAGAGACCAGAAUUCUGAUUUAAUCAUCAGAUAUGGAAGAGCUGAAGACAUCUUACUUGCAUUAGUGAAAGAGGUUAACGUUACUCAUAUUAUCACAGAGGAGGAGCUAGAGUAUGACUGGCUCAAUUUAGUUCAUUCAUUCUCAAAAUCUCUUGCGACAGUUUAUGUCUCAGGGGAAAUCCCAAGGUUUAUCUUUUGGCAAGCACAUAUAUUUGAAUUUGAGAAUUGGGAGGAAAUUCCGGAUUCAUACAGAGAAUUUCAGAAGAUGAAGAAACCCUCCGUUCCACCUCUUUCAUGCCCUACCUUACCAGUGUUGCUACUGGACAUAGACAGAGGAAAAUUGCCGGAAUUGAACACCUUAAGAGGAAUUGUGGAGGGAAAAACUAAUCUACAAAAUUUUAAGACAAACCGAGCCUUCAAUGAACAACAUCUACAAAAUAAGGAAUCUAGUUUCUUCAGUCAGGAGGCUGUAAACCAAAUGGCCAUUGGGGCUGGAGCAACCACAGUUCGUAAUGCAUUAGAUGGAUACUUGAGGUAUCUAGAGGCAACUUGGAGAGAUGAUUGGCAAGAAGUUCAUGAUAGAGUUCGUGCAACUGAAACAAGACUAGGAGCCUCUUUCAGAGCUCUAUUUGGUUGUGCUCUGUCCCUGGGAACAAUUUCAAGUCGAAGGGUAUACCAUGAAGCUAUAAAAUAUGAAAGAGAAAGAAAUGCAGGAUGGCUGUCUCCACUUGGAUAUUCUGUAUUCACUAUUGCUGCUGCUGUGGAAGAUUCUAUAUCUUCGGAGUGGUAUAGGCUUCUAGCCUUCAAAAGCCAACAACAAGGUGUAAACAAAGGAUUAUCAAUCAGAACAUGGAGAUGGCGUGGGCAUCUGGUUCAGUAUGCAGCUGCUGGGAAGGAAGGUCCUGCUCUUACUCUUGUGCAUGGUUUUGGUGCAUUCUGGGAGCACUAUCGUGAUAAUAUAAUUGCUAUUUCCAAAGGUGGUUAUAAAGUGUGGGCUAUUACACUAUUAGGAUUUGGGAGAUCAGAAAAGCCAAACACUGUAUAUACAGAGCUUUUAUGGGCUGAACUUUUGAGAGAUUUUAUUGUGAAUGUUGUUGGUGAACCAACUCACAUUGUAGGGAACUCAUUUGGAGGAUACAUCGCUAGUCUCGUGGCUCAACUUUGUCCAUCAUUGGUGAAAUCACUAGUUCUCUCUAACCCAGCUGGUAAAGUGGUUCCAAACUACUCAUCUGUAACAUAUUUGAAGCCUAAUCCUAAUUCAACAGUUUCACAGUUGGGUUCUCGCUUUUUGCUAUUUUAUUUGAGGAUCAUGGCUGGAAGACUACUGAAAAAGUACUAUCCAACGAAUCCAGAACGAGCAGAUGAAUGGUUGCUUGGAGAAAUUUCAAGAGCUUCAUAUGAUCCAAACGCAGUGAUUGUUUUGGAAAGCAUAAUUGACCUCAAGUUGUCUCUUCCAAUAAACUAUCUAUUGGACUCCUAUAAUAAAAUGGUUUUGCUUAUUCAGGGAGACAAGGAUCUAUUAUUCCAGUCCAAGUUAAGAUCAACCAUGCUUAAGCAGCAGUGCAACAAAGUUGUUCUUAGGAAUGUCAAUGCAGGUCAUUGUCCUCAUGACGAAAUCCCUGAUGAAGUGAAUUCGAUCAUUGACGACUGGAUUCAGCAGAUUGAGGUCUCUGAGAACAGUGAAAGUGCAGAAGGAGCAAAUGCAUAUGAAUUCAUGUCCCAAAAAUGAGAUUAUUUCAGGUUCUUUGGGAUGAUCCACUAGCCAGAUUUGUAGAAUUUUGAACCUGACCUAUCCUCUCUGAACCAAUUGAUUAGCAAACAAUAACAACAAAAAGAAGAAAACACCAAUAUCUUUAUUGAAGCUUAAUAAAAAAAUUACAUAGAGGCUGUAUAUAUAAAGAAUUUGCAGUCUAGAAGAAUAAAUAAUAACUGCAGUUCUAAAUAUAUUCCUAGCUUUGCAUGGAAAGCUACUAAGGCUCUCAAACUAAAAAAAGCAAACUACUCCCUAAAUUAAGAAUACAAUAAGUGCAUGCACAACAUGCUUUAUUUACUAAAAACAAACUCAUGUAAAAAGCAAAACUAAAAAUAGUCCUAAGGAUUCAUGCAUGCUGGAGUACAUGCUUUAUUUGCAUGAAUAAACAAAAAAACUAUUAACUAAAAAUAACUUAUGCAUGGUGAUAAAUGGAUAGCUUCAUGUCCAAAUUGGAGUUGCAUGGAGCUGCAUGCUAGAGCAACAUCACUUAUCAACAAGAUUCACUUAAAUAAUAUUCUUAGUAUUACAUGAAUGCAUCACACAAUCAUAAGCAGAGUGGGUAUAGUAUAAGUAAAUAUUCUGUAAUUUAUUCUUAUCAAUCUCACGUGUGCAGUAAAUAGCAGCAGAUUCCUGAGCUCCAUCAGAUAACUCGAUGUUUAUCAUUUACAAAUGUAAUAAAAAGCAAUACUGCUUAAUUAUUCACUUUGGAA